AUGGCGCCUCCGAGAUCCACUCGCCCGGUUCGAUCGAAUCGCACUCAAGUGCAGUCCUAUCACGAGGAAAGCUCUUCGCACGAUGAAGGACGUGCGACAUCACGCCGGCAGUCAUUGUCUCUCCGUUCGCGCACAACUCGAAUGCCACCGUCCUAUCGUGAAGAGUCGACGGAUGGCUUCGAUGAGAUUGAUGAACCUGAUGGCCAGGAGAUAGGUGCUGUAUUAGUGGCACCCGCCGCGGAACCAAUGGCUCCAGGGCCAGUGUCUAAUCAUCCACCCUCUCGGCCUCAACGCGCAACUCCAAAGCCCAAACCGGCCAAGAAAACUGGGAAACGGAAUCGUGGUCAGGUGGGCAAGCCCUUGAGCAAGCGCAUCAAAACAGAUGCAAAUGAUGCGAUGUUUUUGGGGUCGGGCAUUGUACCUCCUUGGCAAACCCUUCCCUACCAUAUUCUUCUCGAUAUAUUCUUGCGCGCGUCUCAUCCACUGCUCGACGAAGGCCGUUCCUCUCGCAAUGAUUCCGUUAAGUGGCUAGUGAACAUGGCUCUCCUAUGCCGAAGCUUUCAUGAGCCUGCGCUUGCUGCGCUCUAUUACUCUCCUCCAUUGAUACCUCCCUACAAGGCCCAUACUCUGCUCAACCUCCUUUCUCAUCCCCAAGAGUCACUGUCCAUGAACUACUCUAGUAAGAUCAAGGAACUGCAUGUCGAGGUGGAACCAGUUCUUCAGUACAAAAGUGGACCCACACUCGGCUACUUCGACCUUGCCAGCUUGCUUGAGAGGACGCCUCAACUGCAUGUUCUGCGACUAUAUCACCGGGACGACUUUACCGUGGGAAUGCCUCCUUGGCAUAUUGGUGCGUCAAAAUGGACCUAUCCUGAAACUAUCUUUGCGGUCCUCCACCGUGGGAUUCUUCUCCGUGGCUUCGAAUGGAACUCUCGCUUCUUGGAAACAGGCGAACUGCUCCAAUUCAUGAGUUCACAGCAUAUGAAACCAGCCUUCAGGGGAUUGAGGGAGCUCAAACUUCUUCACAUUGAUGAUUUUGAUAUGGAAGAGACACCUUCUCCCAAAGCAGCAGCCCUCAUCAAAGCCGUCAACUUGCUUCCAGAGAUUGAAAAACUGGAAUUUGUCGAAAGCUCUUUGAUCAACGGAGAAACGCUGACAAAGCUGCCUACUACCCUUCGCUCUCUCACCCUGAACAACUGUGAUCGGAUGUGGUCGGAAGAUAUUGCAGCAUUUCUUUCCUCGCAUGGCGCAAAUCUUCGAGAACUCAGCCUGAGCCAUAAUCGUCAUCUCAGCAUGUCUUUCGUUCAGAACUUAGCACAAUUAUGCCCAAGUCUUGAAUUGUUCAAGAUGGAUCUCUCGAUGCAUGACGUGUCUAGUUACCAUGAUGUCGAGCCACAUUUCCAAGAAUUACUUGCACAAUCCGAAGUGCCCACCUGGCCAGAAACACUUCAGGAAAUCGACCUCACUCAAUUGCGCAAAUGGAACGAUGCAACUGCCGAGGUGUUCUUUAUGUCCCUGAUGAAUGCCGCACCUAAGCUCCGUUCCUUGCGCCGACUGGCUAUAAGUGCAAUUCUGAAGAUUGGAUGGCGUGACCGCGCAACUUUCCGCGAGAGAUGGAUUGGCCAGCUUGAGAAAACCUUCCUCCGUCGGAGUGCACCACCAGACCCUAAUCUCCGCUCUCUUCGCAGGCGACCACUCCAGCCCACUGUAGCAAGCGUGAAUUACUACGCAGAGGCUGGGGAAUCAUCUGAUUCACGUCCGGGUACAUCAGAAAGUGGAGCCUCGUCCAAACGCCAGAGUGUUCGUUUGGCGCAGAAGACCACAGAAGUUGAAGACGACAGUGGUGAGCCGAUACCGGAGUCGCAGGGGAUGUGCGACACUGUCAGCAUUCGCAUUGAUAACCAGCGUCCCACCGAACUGCAGUAUAACGAGAACGACUUCCUCGACGAUGAGCUGAGUGGCGACGAGGAUUGGACUGGUGAUGACUUUGAACCUGCCGCUGGACAUGCGUGGUGA